UGGAGCUUUCAGAAGAGUAUUGAGCAAAGUGACCAGAGGCAUGGACUCGGCUAAGGAAGCCACAAGUGACCAAAUGAUCAAAUGUGAUGUGGACACAGUGCUGGCGGACAAGGAAGUGAAAGCCCUACCAAUUACCAAUGAGAAAUUAGCUGAACUGGCAGUGUCUGGAAUCUCUGGUGUUCCACUUAAGGAGCAGCAGCAAAAGGAGCAGCGGUACUAUGUGUACUUGGGUACCCUGACGGAAGAUCUCCGCUCCACUGUCUACCAACAUUCUCUGAAUCUGAUGAAAGACAAAGAACAGAGUACCCAGAAAAUUUUAUCCCAGCUCUGUGACAUAAUUGAACUGGCCAUGCAUAUCAAGAAAACUGGAGGUGAACAGAGUGCCCAAGAGAAACUGCAACAGAUGUGGCUUGAAUGGAAUAAGGAAUCUCCAGAGGAGCUUAUGUCUCAAGGCUCAGCCCAGCCAGAGAUUAAGACUCAAACAAUCCUGACCCGUAGUCUCUUUAUGACUCGUGGCUUUCUUCAACAACUCCAUGCUGCUGCCCUGAACUUUGUAUUUAGAGUUCAUGGCCUCCAUGCCAGCAUCCAGGAUGACAUCCAACAGGUAGCUGACUGUGCAGCAGAGCUUCAAACCACCUUCUCUGCAGCAUCUAGUUUUGAGGAUCUACCUAAUGAUCUCCUGAUGGAGAGUCAGGAGCUCUUUAGGGUGGUUCAACAGUCUUUGGUUAAGCUGCUGGACCACCUGGAAUCAAGCAUUACCCUUAACUGGAUUGUGGGACCUCUUUCUCCUUCUCCUUAGGUUAAUGUAAACCCUGGACUUUUGUAGAAUUCCUGUUCCUAAUAUAGUCAUUUAGUUGUACCAAAAUGGGAGGCUGAAAGCUGCAUUCUACCAUUAAUUUACUUCCUGACAUGUCCUACUUAGAAGAUUUUUCUAGGAGAAAUUAAAUAGUGGAUUAAGUUUCUCAUCUAGCAGUAACUCAAGCUACAAUAAAUUUAAUUGCAUUCAG